AUACUGAGACCCGGACUGUGGCCACCACCGAGCCGAUGUUGGAAGGGGAAGAAGACUUUGUGAGGAGGUUUGAAGAUGAUGCCGACAUGUUUAUGAUUCCUGACGAAGAGCUGCUCGAGAAACUACUAAACAUGGAAGGGGAAGAUAUUGACAUGCAAGACGAAUCCCUUGAUGGCGGAUCGCUCCCUCGAACCCCCGGUGGGACCGUGGUCCCGGCCGCGGACGAUCCGGAAUACCUCGCAAUCCAGCAGGAGCUAGCGGCGGCGUGGAGCCAGCCGAACCGGCGUAAGUGGACGACCAGGGCACCCGUCGGCGUGAACGCAAACGACACCGAGACCAACCACCACUUCAACGGGCAGCCGCAGCCGUCCGUGGCGGAGCGCCUGCAGCAGCUGUCCAACUUCCUGGCCGACGAGGACGUGGACCGCAGCCGGUACUGGGACAAGAACAUCCAGGAGGCCCGCGAGUACCUUUCAGCCAUCCGGACCAUCCCCAUGUCCGAAGGGACGCUCGCGCUGCUGCGGGCGGUCGAGAACAAACUCCAGGUGCACGAGAGCUACGAGCAGUGGCACGCCAGACAGGCCCGCGUGCCCGGGGUGCCGACAGGAGACGAGACCCUGCCGCCGGUGGUCGGGUCGUCGGCCCCGCGCGCCAACAUCCGCAAGGACCCGCGCAAGGUCCUGCACCGCAUGCCCGGGGUCGUCAACGCACUGCCGUCUAGGUUCGAGGACGCCCAGAGCCACAUCGACGCGCUGCGUAACUCCCAGACAUGGCUGUGGAGCGCCGAAGGCGCCAUGGACGAAGACGGGACCAAACUGGCACGCGUCGAGCAGGAUGCCUACGACAGCAGCGUCAGUGGCGGCUCUGCAUGGCGCCAGCUUGCCGACCCACCUGACAGCGCCGAGGCUUACGCCAUGGAGCGAGGGUACCGCCGCGCGGCGCUGCAGGCUUGUCUGCGCGCCAUCAAAAACGUCGAGAACAGGGCGGUGCGGACGCUGCAGGAGCGGAUGGUCCCGCCCGUCACCGCCGCCGAGUUGGAGGCGGAGUGCAAGAGCGCCCUGGGCCCGUUCUUCUCAUCCGUCGGGCUGACCAGGGAGGACGUCGAGAGGAGGACGGCCCAGGGCCGCAAGCAGUGGCACCCGCACGGGAUGCCGUACACCAAGAGGAUGAAUCGCUUCUGGAUGGAGUGGGACAAGUGGUGGGACGAAGCCAGGAAGAAGACGGAGCUGGACAGGCACAACGCCAAGUCCGAGACCGAUUUUGAUGCGCACAUCAACACCGGAGCCGACUGGGCCGCGCUGCCGCAGCCGAGAUCCGUUUACGCCGACGUGGUGACUCUGAAGGAGUCUUACAACAGAGACCUGGAGGCCACGUGCAUGAGCAUCGUCAAGCUGCUGGGGCGUACGGACCUGGUGUCGCCCAGGCCGCUGAUCAAGACCUGUAUCAAGACGUACGAGCUCGGCCGCGCUGGGCAAGAGGCCCCGGAGGAGAUCCGGUGGCGGGACGUAGACAAGGAUCAGGAAACUUGGAGACCGCUCAACGUGAUCGAGCUCGGCUACCUGCGGCUGCUGACCACCAGGUCCAUCACCCCCAAGAUGCUGUGCCGACUCGAGGACCGCGGGGCGCUGUACCUUUGCUUUGCGGAACGGCUGCAGCGAAUCCUUGACGACCUGUCCGAGGACAACAUCUUUGAGACGCGCGACACGGCCGUGUCGGUGGAGAAGCUGCUCGAGGAGAUGCACAAGGGCGUCGACGGCCUGAACCAAAGGACACGCUUCUCCGUGUACGACGCGUGCAGCUGGCUCGACAGGCUGCAGGGGCAGGGCCGGAUCCGGUUCACCAAGAGCGUCAAGGAGUACGGGUACGUCCAGCGUCCGCUUGCACACGUCCACCCCGAGUAUCAGAUCGGCUACGUUCCGAGCAGGGGCGACGCGAGAUUCCGGCAGGCCACAAAAAUAUCCACCUACAGAGACUUUGACGCAGUCCUGGCCCCUCGGCCUCAGGAUAUGGUGACAUGGGAACAAAUUGUCGGCAGCCGACCGUAUCCGUUCUGGGACGACCACAAGGAGGUCGAGUGGGCCGAGUCCGAAAGGGCCAGGAGACAAGAACACGAGAGAUCGUACCCCGAAGAGCCACAGGAAAAGCUCCUCCGACCCGCCGUGACCAACUUCUUCAUGGUGCUAUCCUACAGGCUCGGCUUCACGCUCCGGAUGCUCGAGGGUCGUCCACGAGCCGAGAAGCUGACCAAGCAGGACAUGACCCACUCCAUGGCCGACUGGAUCCAGACCAAGACCGAAUGGGACCGGGUGCUGCUAAAGGCCUCGCCGGGCGUGACAGCAGUCAUGCCGACGACGCUUUUGCGGGUGCUCGCCGAGAUGGACAAGGACAACGCUGCGCCCCAGACGGAAGACCAAGCCGCCAAACUGAUCCGCAGCAAGAUCAUCGGCGAGGCCGAGGCCAACCUCAACAACCUGUACCCGACCGAGUUCAAGACGUACCUGGCAAAGGACGGCAGCCAAGUGACGCUGCCGAUCCGCGACGAGAUCUGGGACUGGGGCGCGCCCGAGAUCCGCGGACGGGCGAGGCAGUACUUUUCGCUCCGGCGGUGGCCGGUGCACCUGCAGACGGCGGCGGACCAGGACAUGAUGGCGAGGGACCGCGACCUCGACCCCGAGUUGCUGUGGGACCCUUGCGCAGAGGACCUGACCGGGCCCGAGUGGCUGCUUCAAAAGGCGAGACCAUGGCAGUUUGAGGCCGUCAAGGUAAAGGAAGGAGGCAACGGGUACUGGUUUGGCGACACCAAGUUGCAGAAGGAGUACAUUGAAGGAGCGGUUACCAAUAGGUUUGCCGAGGCCUUUGCCGACCGGCUGCGGCAGAUCGGCGCCGUGCAGCCGAACCCGACCCUGUCGCACUCGUCCACCUUUGCGCAGCGGCAGGGCGGUGGCCCGUCGGCGGCUUACACCCACCCCUCGUCCGCCGUCGCACAAAACACGACGCUGUCGGCGCUGGCGGCACGCCACAGGAUCCAGGAGCAGGCCGACCGCGAGUUCGCCGCCAUGGGCAGGGCCGGCUUCGAGGGCCGCGAGCUGCUCGACGCCGCCACGAUCCGCGACGUCCUGAUCAUGAGGUCGCGCGGAAUCGCGCCCGAUCGCAUCGAGGAGAGGCUCCGGCUCAAGCAGGGUGUGGUCCGCCGCCUGGGACCGCCGGGCAUGGUGGCAGCUCUGGGGGCCAGCUGA